AUGGGUAACAAAAACUCAUCAAACUCAAAAGUCCAUGGGAAGACAACAAAGGUUUCUUCCAUUGAUCAUGUUCCGAAACAAAACAUGAUGCGUUUUCCAACAGAACAAGGUCAUAGAAUCAAAGGUGCAACAACCGAUGAUGAGUAUAUAGCGAAACACAUGAUAGAGACACCACUUGAUAGUGAUGAAACAUUCAACAAUUUUAUUCGACGUGCUAAGUAUAAAAUCAGAACUGUUACAAUGUCCAAGUCCAAUAUUGAUAGGGACCAGAGUAGCAAACCUUCACCAGCAGCACCAGAUCACGAGGAAAAUAAUCAUCAAAGGAAGCAGUUUGAUGAUUUUAUUCAGAUUGCUAAGAAGAAAAUGAGAGCUACAUCAAGCAUUCGAAAUAGUAGUUUUUUAAACAAGCCAUGA